AUGUCGGACAGGAAUAUCAUCAAAAAGCAGACCAUCUAUAUCGCCAACAGCAACAACGAGCAGAAGGACGAGCAAAUCCCUCACGUCCGAGUGUCGAAAGGUCAGAUCCGUCGUCUGAUUCGCCACCAAUCCUCCACAGACCAGAGCAGCCAACAGCCCGAACGUCAGCGGUCGCAAAUUUUGGACGUCGUCUGGAACAGGGAUACGUUUCAGGACACCACCCCCGCUUUCCAGAACAGUCGUCCUACUCGUCACCACCACCAGACACAGCCGCAGCAGGAGCAGCAGCAGGGGCGCCAUGACCAUGCAGACGAUUCACAAUUGUCCGACAACACCGGUAAUAACAACAACAACAACAACAACUGGAUUACCGAGACUGAGGAAAAAGACGAGUCUGGACUCUGGCAUGGCUAUGUCUACCCCACAGGAUGGAACAAGUCGACCUUCAACAACGACCUCUUCCCUCUCUCUGGUUCCAUCCGCAAGUUCCCUCUUUCAUGGCCUCUGCGCUCAUUUUCUUCUGCUCCUUCCCCUUUGUCACUGGAUAUCCCCUGGCUGGCUUUGGUCGAGUGCACUCUUCAGACAAAGCAACAUCUCCGCUCGGCAACUCAGCUCGGCGCAAAAGCUGUCAUCCUUUAUCCCUCAACUACUACAACAUCAUCUUCGUCAUCGCACCAGGCUGAGCUCGUCCAUUGCUAUUCCCUCUUGACGUCAACAAACGCUUUUGGCGAUUCCGAUGUCGACUCUUCUUCUGCUUCCGUGAAGGAGAGUGUUGUUGUGCCCACCCUGACUUUGGACGCCUUGACCGCCAAGGAUCUUUUGACAGCCCUCCAAGGAUUGGGCGAUACAGAAUCCGAUGUCGUUCCUGCAACCGUCACUCUUGCCAACAGCAUUCAGGAGGAGGAGGAGGAAGCUUUCAAGGACGACAAGAAUGAAGGGGAGAACGAUAGCAGCAGCAUUUACAGUAGCAUGGUCAACGAGCAGGGGAUGCGCGACAAAUCGGGCUCUGUGGUCGUCGCUGCUGCAUUGUCUUCUAAGGUGCAUAGCAGUUCGGGAGGAGGCAAUUCCAAUUCAACCGGAACAACUACCACAGCAACUGAUGAAAACCAACAACGGGUCAAGGAGCUGCUUAUGUCUUCUCUCUCAAAUGCCCUCAAGUCUGGAACCCUUCUGGCGAGAGGAGUCAUGGUUCGCUUGGGUCUGGAUAACGGAUCUGUGGUCAGGGCUGGACUUGAUACCAUCGUCACCCCUACCCCUAAAGUGGAAUCCUUGUCAGCAGCGUCGUCUUCGCCUUCGUCAACAGUGGCAGCAGGACGGGUUGAGAAGGAGGAUCUGGGUAUGGUUUCGACUCGAUUUUCACCCCUGUCGGCCUCGGGGAUCAAGCCGGACUUGAUUCCUACCACCGGACGUGUUGACGCCGUUGUUGAGCAGCAGCAGAAACAGCAGCAGCAGCGAGUUGUAGGAGGUCUGCGCAGUACGUUGUCGUCGAUGUCGGCGUUAUCGCAGGCGAGCAGCAGCCCGAUCCCAAAAGGUCAACCCGGCGAAGCAGGAGCACGAGGAGUCAGUACCGCUACAGCCGCUAUCGUCAGUAGUCAACAACUUGGAGGACCAGCAAGAAUUGCAGCGGCUCUUUCGAUGAGGCAGGCGACUGCCGAGCGGAUCUCUAUGAAGGGCGCCAAUCGCCGUCAGUCCACCACAGUGCCCUCUGGAUCCAAUCCCUCUGUCAGCAUCAUCGGUAGAUUGAUCCAGCGGAUUUACGCAUUCUCGCCCUCAAAGUUGGUCCAAGAUACGGCUAUUCUGGUCAAGGACGACAGCUUGACGGGCAAGCUGGCAAUGGUUUUGAUGAGCACGAUCUGUGGAGUUGGUGUGGGCAUGUUUGGAGCACUCCUGUUUGUGGUCGCACUAAAAGUCCGAGUGUUCCAGACCCGUCGACGAGGCGGAGUGGAGGAUCGAUUUGGGUUGACCUUGCAGGCGACAACGGCUUUGCAACAUCAGCAGCAGUUGAGGGAGCACGGAUACAAGAAGGUUAUUCCUAUUGGGAUUCUAGAGUCCUUUGGAGUUCAAACUGUCUUGCACACCUCGACCUUGACCAUGAUGACGAGUAAGGGUGAGGAUGAUAUCCAAGCCAAGCCCCGGUCUUGCCAUACUGGAAGCAGCAAGGGCAAGUUGGCCUAUGCAGAGGAUGUGUUUGAGAUGGAGGAGGGGUUGCAGGAUCUGACUGCCCGGGAGAACUCUCGUCGGGAACGUGAGCGGAUGAGCAUGGCACGGACUAGCAGCCAUCUCUUCCCCCGCACGCCUACGGGCAGCUCUGGUCACCACCAUCCCCGACGGGUUCCUACUGCUGAGUGGGACUCGUACUUUGAAGACGAGGGAAUGGAUGAUAUCACGGCUCACUCCUCGUCCCAGGACCACGAGCAUAUUUCUGCAGCUGCUGAGGGCGAGACAGAUUUCGAUGAGGGCGAGGGCGGUGCUGUUCCCGACCAGGCUUCAAUGGACAUGGAACGUCUCGCCGCGGCGAUCAUGACCGCCACCCGUCGAGGAUCCUACCGCCGCAUCUCGUUGUCCCGCUCCUCUGCCAGCGAGACUAUUGAGCACGCCGCCGAUGGAUCCACAGCCACCACCACUACCAGAUCCACCUCUGUCUCGACCUCAAUCACCCUCGCCCUUUCACCCCAAAAGCACCAAGGAGGCUGCUGCGGGACUAACGGCAACCACCACCACGGCGAAGAAAAGGACAAGAAGGAACUCCCUUUCGCCAACGCAAACGCCCAAACAAUGUGCGCAAUCUGUCUAGGGGAGUAUGAGGUCGGUGACCAGGUUCGGACGCUCCCUUGUUACCACCAGUCGGCUUUCGAAUCUACAGCGCUGCCUCAGCAACAUCAGAUUAACGGCGCUCAACCCAACCGCUUCCUCAAAUACAGCAUUCGUAGUAACAAAGGCAAACAGGUCCAGUUCCCCCACAACACUUGCACCACCGCAAGCUCCGGCUCCGUCUUCAACGUCGACCCAUCGGACAGAUCCAGUAACGAGAUCCAACGUGCCCCGGUCUCCAAGCAACACAGACCGCCAUACCAACCCACCCAUGAAUGA